GGGGCGCGGGGAGGGCUGGCGCGGAGCUCUGACCUCCUUCCCGGGGUUCUAGGCCGGCGCGUGACCCCUGCCGUCCGGGGCGGCUCUGACCUCUGACCUCCGCCCUUUGGCCCGAGGGUCCCGGGGAGAGCGGAGGUGGAAGCGCAGCUGCAUCCGGGCACCGAUGCCCCGGUUGGCACCGCCCUGGCUUCUCCCCCCGCACCCUUUAAGCCUCCUCACGGUCUGAUCCUGCAGAUCCGUUCGGGGGUGCGGAGGGGUGCGGUUGCCUCUCUAGCCCCCGGAAGUAAUGUGUGUCCUUUGGAACGGGUUGAAGGAAAAAUUAGCAUUCUUGAAAAGGGAAUACAGCAAGACGUUGGCCCGCCUUCAGCGUGCCCAAAGAGCUGAGAAGGUCAAGAAUUCUAUUCAGAAAACUGUGCAAGAACAAGACUCUUUGGUCCAGCAGGAAGACUCAGCACAGCUAACCCACUCAGAGCACAAAACUAAAGUAUCUUCGUGUGACACGUUACGCAUCGACACCCACCUCAGUGGAGAAACUGCAGAUGCUGAGCCUGAGUCUUCUGUCGCUGGACUCGGCCCAGUGGAAGGGCUCCAGGGACAGAGAAGAGACGACACCCAGGAACUCCUGGCCCUCGGGCUCCAUGGCUCUGACCGUGAGAAAAGGCAGAGGAAGCUGUCGGCGAGAAGGCAGCAGCAGGAGGGAGCACCUGUUUCACAAGAGGGAGGCUCUUGCUUUGACUCCGAUUCGCGCGUGCUCUCUGGAAAACGACUAAAAGAGCAAGAAGAUGCCAAGAGAGGGGACCCCGGAACCCCUGAAACCGGAAUCAGAAGUGGCCUUCCAAGGCCUGCGUCUGAUGUUCCAGAUUCUCGAGCGCCGGUUACAGAAACGAGCGGAGGGAGUGUGUUAACGUCCCCACCUGCCAAACCGCAGGGCGGCGUGGAUGCCCCCGUGACAGGAAGUUGCUGCUCCCCGGCGGCUCCGCUUCCUUGGCCCGCCCCAGCAGAGAGCGGUCACACUCAGUGCCUUCAACAUCAGCCUUCUGAAAGCGCCUCUGAACUUACUGCUCACGGUUUAGAAGACAUUAGCCCUACCUCACCUGUAACCACAGAGGCACACUACAAAAAAGAGGCUGUCUCUACAGGUGACCCAGAGAUAAAUAAAGCUUCAGGUGCAAGCGGCCGGCUGCCUACAAGCCCUAACUUAGAGGCAGAUGAUGUACGUCCUGUAGAUGAACUCUCUUAUGAUACCUUACUGGCAAAUAAUGACCAACACCUAAAAGAACAGAACUGCACAGAGAAGUGUCCAGAAUCCUCCACUAAUGCUCCUGACGGCAGAACUGAAAGUCUUCAGGAAGAUGAAGGUCUCAGUCGAGCUGAGAGUCUUGGCCUGGAAGGAGUCUCUCCUGUUCCUACAGGAAACCAAACACAUUCUUGCACAGCACUCGAAGGCCUUCUUUUCCCAGCAGAAUAUUACAUUAGAAUAACACGACGCAUGUCAAGUUUCCAGAGGAAGGGAGCCCUGGAGGCUGUCAUUCAGAGUCAUUUGGGUGUCAAAAAGAAAGGGUUUAAAAAUGCAAAUAAGGAAGCUGCUACAAAUGUGAACUUGUCCAAUGGAGACGCUAACCAAAGCGAAAUUAGGAUGUCUGAUCCAUCCCCACGACGGCCAAGUUCAAGUCCUUUUCAGAAACUUCCCUCAGCAACUGAGAUCAGCUCUCCCGCUGGGCCCCCUAAAAAUGACUUCUUUGAGAAGGCGGUUACCCAGCCAUCUGGUAGGAGACGCAGAGGAAAAAGGAAGUCAGUCCGUACCCCUACAUUAGAUCAUCAGGGACCACUUUUGCACUCUUCUGGGACAUCAGGUGCUAAUAGGCCCAAGCGAGACGUCGCUGUGCACAAAGAUCAGGAUGAAAAAGCAAUUGUCCAUGGAAAGGAAAUUCGCCGUCAAAAAGCGGACCCCCUUCCUUCCAGCGAUCAUGCUGCAUCAGCUUCGGAUGGUGACGAUUUCAGUGUUCCGUCUCCUAAGGAUGCAGUGCUAAGGUCGAAGCAGCUGUUGUCUUUCCUGAAAAUCACAGACUUUCAGUUACCCGAUGAGGACUUCGGACCUCUUAAGCUCAAUAAGCUGCAGCGCUGCUCAGAGGGGCCGAUAGAGCCUCUGCGAUGCAGGAUGGCCGGAAGACGGCAGCGCAGAGCGGGGCGGUGCCCGGCGGCGGAGGGGCUGGCCCCUGAACAGAUCGGUCUGGACACGGGGCACUGCGAGGAGGGCCCGGCUGCUCUGCCGGUACAAGCGCACCCCAAAGUGCCAGGGUGCACACGCCAAGCUCAGGAGGGCCUGUCCUCGUCCAUGGUACUGCUCACGCCCGUCAGUACCAUCACGCCCGGUGAGGACAACAGGCCGGCGGCAGACGCGUGUUCCCCCGCCUUCCCCAUCUUAGGCACUACCCCAGCCCCUGGCUCCCAGGCACACUGUGUCACCGUGGCAGCAGACGUGGCUGGGAACUCCCGCUCCACACCCCCGCUUUCUCACUCGAGAGCCACAGUCAGCCUCGCUGGUGACUGUAGACAGUGUGACACUCGCACCAGCCCACUAAAAUUAGAGAGCAGCCUGCACGCGCCAGGACGGCCUUCCUGUGACUGUGCUUCUGGGCCCCGAGCAACACUGCCGCCCAUUGAGUCGCUCACUUUCAAAGACAGUCAGUGCUCCAGACACGCGCACCCGGAACCAUGGCAGCAUUCUGUCCAACAGCCUGGCAUAGCAGACAUUCCUGCCUGUGACAGCGUAGUCCCGGGCGACCUGCAACUGGUUUCAAGGUUAAAGGACCCGUCAGCUCCCUGUGCCGUGGACGUGAGUGCCCUGUGGUGGGAUGUGGCUGGUCUCAAAGAGCCGUGUAUCGUAACUGCUUGUGAAUACGCAGUUUCUCUCUGGAAACCUCUGGAUACUUGGCAGUGGGAAAAAAUCUAUUCCUGGCAUUUCACAGAGGUUCCGGUGUUACAGAUCGUUCCCGUGCCCGACGUUUGCGACCUCGUGUGUGUGGCUUUGGGGAAUCUGGAAAUCCAAGAAAUCAGGGCGUUACUUUGUCCCUCGGAUGGCGAAAGCGGAAAGCAGGUGCUCCUGAGCUCUGGGCACAUACAAGCCGUGCUCGGCUUGACCAAGAGGAGGCUCGCCAGCAGCCGUGGGACGCUCUGUGAUCAGCAGGUCGAAGUCAUGACAUUCGCGGAGGACGGAGGAAGCAAAGAAAAACGGUUUUUGAUGCCCCCCGAAGAGACUAUACUAACUUUCGUCGAGGUUCAAGGGAUGCAGGACGCCCUGCUCAGCACCACCGUAACGAACAGCAUUGUCAUUUGGAAUUUAAAAACGGGUCAGCUCCUGAAAAAGAUGCACAUUGGCGAUUCCUACCAAGCUUCCGUCUGUCACAAAGCCUAUUCGGAAAUGGGGCUCCUGUUUGUCGUCCUGAGUCAUCCCUGUGCCAAAGAGAGUGAGCCGUCGGGGAGCCCUGUGUUUCAGCUGAUUGCGAUUAACCCUAAGACGACCUUGAAUGUGGGUGUGAUGCUCUACUGUCUUCCUCGAGGGCAGACUGGAAGGUUCCUGGAAGGCGACGUGAGGGACAGUUCUGCAGCGGCGGUGUUGACUUCUGGCACGGUCGCCGUGUGGAACUUACUUCUGGGUCAUUGCGCUGUUCUUCCGCCCGUCUCUGGCCAGAGCUGGUCUUUUGUAAAAUGGUCAGGAACACAUUCUCAUUUGCUGGCUGGACGAAAAGAUGGAAGCAUAUUUGUGUAUUUGGUAAGUUAGGGGAGGCAGAAACGCAGUGUUCUGGACGUGUUUGGCCGCCUGGCACUUCCUGGGGCUGUAACUAUACAGGAAACUCUCUGCCUGACAUUCAGAAUAAUGGCUUGUGUUCAUUCAUUCAGACCUUUUAUUCUGGUGGUGGUGACACUUCUGAUCUUUCACGUUCAUUUGUACUUGGGGGAAGGACUUUAGGGUGAUUUUUGUAAUUCAUCUGCACAUUCGCUUUUAAAAGUGUACAUAAAGCUUCAAAUGUGAAUAAAUAUUUAUUUUGAUACA